UUUGUGUUCUCGGUGUCACGGUGGCUGUAAACAACCACUCUCAACCGUAAGCAGACGGCUUCAUACAAAUUUGUGAAGGCAGCGCCCUCGUUUCAAUUCCCAACCAAAGAGAUUUAUGUUCAUCAUUUGCCAUAAAGUUGAAAAUGGAAUCAUCUAAUGUGCUAAAGGCUGUGAAUCAGCAAGGAGAAGCUCAGAAGAUACAAAUAUACUCUAAUUCUAAAACUGGAGUUUCCCCCUUCUGGAGAGAUAAGUAUGAAAGAGAUGCUAAAAAGUAUUGGGAUGUGUUCUACAAACGCCAUCAAGACAGAUUCUUUAAAGAUCGGCAUUACUUGGACAAAGAAUGGGGUCACUAUUUUAUUGGAGCUAGGAGAAAAGACAUUCUAGAGAUUGGCUGUGGAGCUGGAAAUACUAUCUUUCCUUUGAUUGCUACAUACCCAGAUGUUUUUGUUCAUGCAUGUGAUUUUUCACCACGUGCUAUUAACUUGGUCAAGACACACAAGGAAUUCACUGAGACCCGUAUUGAUGCAUUUGUUUGCGACCUGACAGCCGAUGACCUGAGCAAGCAUAUUUCUCCGUCAUCAAUCAACAUUGUAACCAUGAUUUUUGUGUUAUCUGCAGUGUCCCCUGAGAAGAUGCCUUCAGUCUUGCAGAACAUUAGAAAGGUUCUCAAGCCAAGUGGUUACGUGCUGUUUCGUGACUAUGCAGUUGGUGACCUUGCUCAGGAAAGAUUAACAGACAAGGAUCAGAAAAUCAGUGAGAACUUUUACGUCAGAGGUGAUGGCACGCGUGCAUUCUAUUUUUCUAAUGAUUUCUUGAUGAGUUUGUUUAAAGAAAACGGAUUCGAUGUUAAAGAAAUUGGUUUAUGCUGCAAACAAGUGGAGAACCGAUCACGGGAGUUAGUGAUGAAUCGACGUUGGGUCCAAGCUGUAUUCUGCUUUUCAGAUGGCUUGAACUCAUCUUUUCAUGAGGAAACUUCCAGCAAGGUGGACUUAAUUGGUCAAGAGGUUCUGGAGCCACAUUCUGCUGAGAAUGCUUUGGGGCUUGUGAACAAUUUUGAGGUUGAUAUAUCUGAGGGUCUUGCUUUUGAUAUGUUUGGAAUUUCACCAUCUGAUGAUAAGGAGAUGAUUGAGGUCAAACUGAAAGGCUGCAGUUUUAAGAUUAAAGUAUUGUCUAAAGAGUACCAGCACACCUGCAGAUCUACUGGCUUGAUGUUGUGGGAAUCAGCUCGUUUGAUGGCUGCCAUCCUAGCAAGGAAUCCAACCUUUGUUGCAGGCAAAAGGGUUUUAGAGUUGGGGUCUGGCUGUGCAGGCAUCUGCUCUAUGGCUGCUGUUGGCUCAGCUGACCUUGUGGUAGCCACAGAUGGAGAUCAAAGAGCACUUGACCUGUUGACCGAAAAUGUCACCUCAAACCUUACCCCGCCAAUCCUGAGCAAACUUAUUACAAAGAGACUAGAGUGGGGAAAUAGAGACCAUAUAGAAGCCAUUAAGGAUGUCAAUAAUGGAGGUUUUGAAAUCAUUUUGGGCACCGAUGUUACUUACAUUGCUGAAGCUAUAUUACCUCUAUUUGCAACUGCAAAAGAGCUGAUUUCUCCUUCAAACAAAGGCAAUAGAGAAGAUCAACAGCCUGCAUUGAUUCUGUGUCAUGUGUUUCGUAGAGUUGAUGAGCCAUCCAUACUUUCAGCUGCAUCACAAUGUGGUUUUAGGAUUAUUGACAAGUGGCCUGUGGGAAAUCCUGCUGAUCCAUGUAAAAGCAUCAUUAGCUCUUGGUUCCCCAAAAAUGAUUCUGAAAAUGAUAUCCCAUGUUCAGCAUUGAACAUCAUGUACUUUCAGGUUGAGUGAAAUCCCUGUUUUUUUUUUUUUUAAUAUUUAUGAAAAUUUUGCCCCUAUUCCUCCAUGAUCUUUCAAGUUCAUGUAAUUGUUCAGAGCACAGUGCUCUGAUAUGUGAAAGUUUUGUUAUUUGUAACGUCAGCUUCUUCCGCAUGAUUAUGUUUAAGGUUUUUUAAGUAUGAAACAAGGGUUUGCUUAAGUUCAUGUGAA